CCGCGGACCCGAACCCGACUCCCGCACGCCCCUCUCCGGGCGCGGCGGAUCUAUAUACACAGCCCCAGUGGCACCAUCGAGUCGGCCGCCAUCCCUCACGCGCUCGCCGCAAGUCGAGAAGCGGAGGAGAGAGAGGAGACGGAGCAAUGCCUCCCGGCAAGGAUGGCCCGAUCAGCCCCAUCGCCAGCCCCCGUGAGCGCCUCGGGAGGUUCGCGAAGCGCAAGGAUGCGCUGAAGAAGAAGAUCCACGAGCUCGCGACGCUCUGCGACGUCGCCGUCGCGGUGGUCUGUACGGGCCCCGACGGCUCGGGCGACCCUGAGUUUUGGCCGUCGAAGGAGGAGGUCAAUGCGGUGGUGAGGCGGUACAAUGCGCUCCCGCCGGAGCAGCGCGGUAAGCACGUGGAGGACCACGCCGACAACGUCGCGCGCCAGCUCGCGGAGGAGGGCGGGAAGCUGGUCAGGGCGCUGGAGGGCGGUGUGUCCGGCGCGCUCGGGUCGUGGGAAGGCUCGCUCGAGGGCGUGACCGCGGAUAAGCUCCGGGAGCUGCUCGCCUCCAUCGAUGGCUCCCUAGUGGCCGCGGCGAGUCGGGUCCUGAAGCUGCAGCCACCGCGCUACGGCGCGGCCGAUCGCGCCAGGGUCUUGCUGGGUCACGUGGACGGGGUCACGGUGGAGGAGGACUCCGUGUCCGUGACGGGCAACGGGAAGCGGCGGCCGCAGCCGCGGGGCGAGGCCGACGCGGGUGGCGGCGGGCUUGGACUGCCUAAGAAAAACCCCAAGUUGCCCAAUGCCGCGCCCGAGUUCGCGGACGAGGUCGUGGCGGAGAACUCCGUGCCGGGCGAGGACGUCAGCGACGAGGUGCAGAUACCGCAGCCGCCAGGCGACACCGACGCCGACGAUGCCGAGUGGAUGAGGGACCUGGUGAAGGCUCUCGAGAAAAAGGCCCAGCCGUGUACGGCAGCCGGCGCCGGGAUCGAGUACAUCAACGUGGGCGGGUACGUGAUGGAGCGCGACGCCUACGACUUCAUCCGGUGCGACCUCGGGAUGCCUCCGCCGUGCAUCGGACCCGACUCGCCGGACGACGACGGCGAGCCGCUGAGGCUGUGGUCGUGGGACAACACCAUGCCGCCCCCGUAAGUAAGCGCGUGCUACCCAGAUGUCGAGCGGGAUGACGCGACGAGUUCGAUCGGCGAUUUCGGACGAUGGCUUUGCCGGACUCUGGCCGCCCCUCCGCCGCCGGCAUGGCAAUUUUGGGUGAUGGCUUCG